AUGUCCCUGAAUGUAUGUGACACAGGCAAACUGCUUGAUGAUAGAUUGUCAGAAUUGGUAACGAAACAUUUAGGAGUUCCAGAUAAAGGUUUUAUGUUAUCAAAAUUUGUAACUAGUUUGUAUGGACAAUCAGGUACAAGGAAUAAUAGUGAUAGGAAAUCCAGAUUAAACGGCUUUAUUGACGUGUUAAAGAACAACGGAGCUGGAGAGUUUCCACCCAAAUUCAUAGAUGAGGCGUUUCUGUUAAUAGAUGAAUAUGAAUACCAUUUGCCUAUCAAAGAAGAGCCAAAAGAUGAUAUGCUCAGCGAUAAACAAGCGACCGAUUCAAAGGUAUUCAAAAGUUUGAAUAUUCCUGACAAACCAGUACGAUGGACAGAAGAAGAUUUUGUAAAUGAAUACAAACACAUUUCAAAGGAAGAAGAGAAAAGUACGAAAGUGGAAGUCAAACAGGAAAGUAAUAAUAUAAAGCACGAAAAACGUUAUACCGUUAAAGAAGAACCGAUAGAAGCGGGAAACGUCUACAAAGGAUAUGUAAGUAAUAUAACUACUUAUGGGGCAUUUAUAAGGUUAAAUAAUCCAAGAUCAUUUCAGUCUGGAUUAUGCCAUGUAUCCCAAAUUUCGUUUGAUGGGAGAACUAGAAUUCAAAACCCUUCAGAUGUUUUAAAAUUGAAUCAAGAAAUAUUUGUUAAAGUUUUGAAUAUUGAAACGCAAACAUUUCAAAUUGGCAGAAGAACCCCUAGAGAAAAAAUUAGCUUAUCAAUGAGAGGUAUAGAUCAGACUACAGGAUUGGAUAGAAAUGAAGAAAUUAAUAAAAAUGCAACUGAAGAAAGAGAAGGUAGGAUACGAAAGACUGAUGAUCAAAGUAAACACUCGAAUAGAGGUGUCAAGAGAAGGUUGACAUCGCCCGAAAGAUGGGAAAUAAGACAAUUAAUUGCAUCUGGAGCUAUGUCUGCCAAAGACUAUCCUGAAUUACUACAAGACGAGGAUCCAAAUGCUGCAUUUCGAGAUGAUACAGCUAAUGAGGAUAACAACGACAAUGAUUUAGAAAUUGAUAUAGAAUUGAAUCAUGAGGAACCUGCAUUUUUAAAAGGUCAGACACAAAAUUCAGUUGACUUGGCCCCAGUUAAAAUUAUCAAAAACCCUGAAGGCUCACUUAGUAGAGUCGCAAUGAAUGGUUCAAAGCUAGCAAGAGAUAUUAAAGAAGAGCGGUUGAAAGAGAACCGUGAGAAAGAGAAACGGGCAAGGCAAGAAAAAGCAAAAAGUAAAGAUUCACACGAUCCUUUGAAUAGAGAAAAUAAUGCCCAAUAUACUGAAAUUGUAAAUACUAAUGAAAAGACUCAGAAUUUUUUAUCGGAGUGGAAAAAAUCUCAGAUGGAUAAAAACAUAUCAUAUGGAAAGCGGACCAAGCUUUCAAUGAAGGAGCAAAGAGAAUCUUUGCCUAUAUUUCCUAUGAGAUCUAAUUUAAUAAAUGCUGUGAGAGAAAAUCCAUUUCUUGUAAUUGUUGGUGAAACUGGUUCAGGGAAAACUACUCAAAUUGUACAAUAUUUGGCUGAAGAAGGCUUGGACAAAGUUGAAGGAGAGCAAAAGAUUAUUGGAUGCACUCAACCUAGGAGAGUUGCUGCUGUUUCUGUUGCAAAGAGAGUUGCAGAAGAAUACGGAUGUAAAGUGGGAGAAGAUGUAGGAUAUACUAUUAGAUUUGAGGAUAAAACAAGCAGGAAUACAAGAAUGAAAUAUAUGACAGAUGGUAUGCUUCAAAGAGAAGCACUAAACGAUCCUCUCAUGAGUAAAUAUUCUGUUAUCAUGUUGGAUGAAGCACAUGAAAGAACUAUUGCAACAGAUGUUCUUUUUACGUUAUUGAAAAAAGCUGUGGCCAAUAAUCCAAAUUUGAAAAUCAUCGUUACAUCUGCAACACUUGAUGCAAACAAGUUUUCAAAUUAUUUUAAUAGUUGUCCUAUUAUAAAGAUUCCUGGACGAACAUACCCAGUAGAUAUUCUUUACACUAGAGAGCCGGAAAUGGAUUAUUUAUCGUCUGCUUUAGACUCAGUUAUACAAAUACACAUAUCUGAACCCGAAGGGGACAUCUUGGUGUUUUUGACAGGGCAGGAAGAAAUUGAUACUAGUUGUGAGGUGCUUUUUGAAAGAAUGAAGGUUUUAGGAGAUACAGUACCAGAGCUUAUAAUUUUACCUGUUUAUUCUGCAUUGCCGUCUGAAAUGCAAAGUAAGAUUUUUGAGCCAACUCCUCCAGGUUCAAGAAAGGUUAUUCUUGCUACAAAUAUUGCAGAAACAUCGAUCACCAUUGAUGGUAUAUAUUAUGUUGUUGAUCCUGGCUUUGUUAAAAUUAAUGCAUAUGAUUCCAAAUUGGGUAUGGACUCAUUAACCAUCUCUCCAAUUUCUCAAGCACAAGCAAACCAAAGAAGUGGUAGAGCUGGGAGGACAGGACCGGGGAAGUGCUAUAGAUUAUAUACUGAAAGUGCAUUCAAGACUGAAAUGUUACCAAACACAAUUCCAGAAAUUCAAAGACAGAAUUUAUCUCAUACAAUUUUGAUGUUGAAAGCAAUGGGUAUAAAUGAUCUAUUAAAUUUCGAAUUUAUGGAUCCCCCACCUACAAAUACUAUGUUGAAUGCUUUGCAGGAUCUAUAUACAUUAUCAGCUUUAGACGAUGAUGGUUACUUAACAAAAUUGGGUAGAAAAAUGGCGGAAUUUCCUAUGGAGCCUGCUUUGGCAAAGACUUUGAUCAUUUCAGUUGAUUUUGGGUGCUCAGACGAGAUAUUGACUAUAGUCGCAAUGCUUUCAGUUCAAACGGUGUUCUUCAGACCUAAGGAGAAACAGAAAGAAGCAGAUCAAAAGAAAUAUCGGUUCCACCAUCAAUAUGGCGAUCAUUUAACACUAUUAAACGUUUAUCGAUCUUGGACCUUGAAUGGCUGCAAUAAGCAAUGGUGCAUGGAAAAUUACAUCCAGGAUAGAAGUAUGAAAAGAGCUCAAGAAGUCAGAAAACAGUUGGUGCUCAUCAUGUCAAAAUAUAGACACCCCAUAAUUUCAUGCGGUUCUAACCUUGACAAAGUCAGAAAGACUCUCUGUGCUGGUUUCUUCAAGCAUUCAUCAAAAAGAGAUCCACAAGAAGGAUAUAAAACUCUAGUUGAGCAAACUCCAGUUCAUUUACACCCAUCUUCUGCUUUGUUCGGUAAAAGUCCCGAUUACGUGAUUUAUCACACUCUAUUAUUGACUUCGAAGGAGUAUAUGCAUUGUGUGACGGUGAUAGAUGCAAAAUGGUUGCUAGAACUCGCUCCAGCUUUUUUCAAAAAAACUGACCCCGCAAAACUCUCAGAGAAGAGGAAGAAUGAUAAGAUUGUUCCACUAUUUGACAAAUUCCUGAAGGAUAAAGAUUCUUGGAGAUUAAGUAGUCAGGCUUCUAUCAAAAAACGAGCUCUUGGUAAUAGUUGA